CUCGACUUCGACCUGACUCUCGCAGCCACAGUUCCCCCCUGAACCCAAUCAGCAUCUUUGAGUAGGUUCAGGAUGGGCUCUAUCGUCAUGACUGUUCCUGGACUACAGCCUCUAACCUUUACAGAUGCAAUAUUUCUGGCGGGCCCCUGCCUACUCCCGUCUAUCCGGAGUCAGGCCCCCAGAAACUGCUGCAAGUGCCUGAACUUCUGUUUUCCCCGCAUAAGAAACUUUUCUCAGCAUGUGGAUAGGCGGGGACCGUAUAUAUUUAUUCUAUUUGAUAUAUAAACGGGGUAUUCUCGUUCAUUUCAGCAUGCAUUGCUGCAGCUGUCAAUGUCUGUUGCGGGCGUUCCACGUACCCUGAAGACCUGCAUGGAAUAACUACCAAAAUCCCCCGUUCCUGCUGCAAAGGAUCCGUUCUAUUUCAACUUCAAUUCCAUUAUCCAUUGUACCCUGAGAAGACAGCGGAUUAGUUCAUGCCAAUUGAUGACUGAGCAGACAUGGCGGAUCAGACUCUAAAUGGGCUUUGUCCGGUUCCCUUCCUACAGGAAUCUCUGUUCCCAUCUACAGGUGGAUUUGUCGAUGGACGCUACUGUGCAACUGUUACAACCUUGAAUGGAACCAUAUUUUGCUGUCUCCCAUGCCCGGCAGAGACAUGGGUGUAUGGUGAUAGUAGGUGUCAUACUGUAGACAACUGCUGCUAACAGGCCCUUUCUAACCGUGACUUGUUGACUUCCAGACGUGGUUCGACAUUCCAGGGUCGCUAAUUGGCUGGGCCUUGCGAUGCUGCCCUUAUGCGUCUUCAUACUAGUCACUUAUGCAGUACUUCCCAUUAAAUGGACAAACCGCACUUGGUUUGGUAUAUGCGCGGCAUUAUCUUGUUGCUGCAUUCAAGUGGCCUUCAUUAUCCCUCUUGGUACAAAACCGGAAGAGUGCCACAAUGAAAUCACCCCCAAUGAUAUGUAUUCUGAUGUGGGAUGUGCUUUUUCGGGCUCACUAGUAGCAUUUGGCGGCUGCUGCUUGGUAGUAUGGGCUUUCAUCCGUACUGUGGCCUUCCACCUCCAGGUCUGCUGGGAGAUUCGCGUUGGCGCAAUACUCAACUGUGUCGCUAUUAUUUGUGGUUUAGCGUUGAUUGCUGCUGAUACAGCUGUUAUGCUUCGGUUAACCGGCGUUUCCUAUCGAUUUGGCCAAACUUGCCACAUUAAUGCUCGUGGCAGUUCGCAUGAUUACUGGAUUCCCCUUAUAGUCGUCUCUACCAUCUCCUUGGCCAUCCAGCUCAUCACAGUUGCGUAUUGCAUAUACGUAUACAUCAAAUCUCUUUAUGAGAACUCCAGUUCUGUGCUGCCCUCGCAAACGGCUACCACCCGGACUGUUUCCGCACGCCAUGCCUAUCGACGCAUCCGGGAAGUCCUUCAAUUACAAUGGAGAGGAAUUGGCUUGAGUUUCGUCAUGGUUGCCCAUGUGAUUCUUUUAUCCGUUGUCUUCAUGACUUACAAUGCUGCCUUCGCAAACGGGUUGACACCUUCCAAGGAGGCGGAGCACUGGAUUCUAUGUUUAGCCACCACCAAGGGUGACAAAGAGCAGUGCCUCCCCCAAGCAAAAAAUCUAGGACCUGGGGAAGGUGCAUUUAUGGCUGCACUAUGUCUUCUGUCUCUAGUCAGUUUCUGGUGUGCUGUUUUCCUGAUGCGGCUGUCCAUGUUCCACGGUUGGGUCGACUUUUUCAAACACAGAUUCAAUAGCCGUCAUGAAUUUGUCUCUGGGGAUGCCAUAUCAACUCAGUCACCGUACGAGAUGAUUGAAAAGUCUGUGUUAAGGUCAGAAGUCCGCUCCCCAAGUCCAGCAAGAAUGGGAGAAGCUGUAAAUCGCGGAAUAGGCGACAGAUACCCUGAACGAAGGACAGGCUAUUCCCGACCGUUCAUGAGCUUUUCCACUCCUCAUUCACCUAGCUCGCCCUACGACCGGGAUUGGGAUCCUCAGGCUACGUUUGCUCCAAGUUAUCGCCUGGGGUAGAGCUGGAGAUGUGACCUCCUACGACAGUUAUGCUUUAUGAUUUCCUUUCCCUGUUAUUGAUUCUUGUGCCUGUUUCUUGGUACCACUGAUUAUUUUGGACGAUAUGAUUAUGAUCCCUUUCUCUACGAAGUUCUGUCACGUUAUGUAUCUAUACCCUAUUCGGCUCUGAUGUUUCGCAACUUGAUUUGCAUACGUCAUUCAUGCUGGCAUUUUAUUUUGGACACCAAACAAAAAGCAAGGGAAGAAACAAAUGGAAUGGCAACCAAAAGCUCAUCUCAAAACACUUUUUGAACUUUAAUUGUGGGUUCCAUACAGGGACUCCGUAUACAAAGAUUGUACCGAGGAAGCAGUUCAACUUGGCUAGGCUCGCACGUGCUCCGGGUAUUCUUCAGAAAUUCCUUCAAUGUUCCAAGGUUGUCCUGAGGACUCUUGUGAGGAACUCAGAAUAUGGAGUGAGAGCAGAUAUUGCCCGUUCUUUCGAAUCGGAGCAUUUAUUUUCUCAUCUUUGCCACCUUCCCCAGAUUCCUCACCGGAGAUCAACAGAAUACUAAUCAUUAUCCAGGUCAGACUCAAGAGAUCGACUGAGUAAUAAUUAUCCAUGCAGCAGGCCACGGACCUCAAUGGGCGACGUCGGAUCGACGAGCCGAAUAAACCUGCAAGUAACAUCUAUGUGCAUUGCGUAUGGCAAUGAUGCUGGAAACCAAGGCGACGACAGCAACCUCUGCAAUUGGAAAUUUUCGUCGCCUGACAUGUUCGUCCCCCGCAAGGUAUGGUGGGCAUCUAUCUCUACAAAAUCAUCAAUUUAAUUAAUACGGAUUGAACCGAUGACAUGUGGGCCUAAUGAUCCAUGGAUAUUCUAUGCCUUAGUGGUAUUAUAUCAUAUGUAUUGUCCUGAGUGCGGUGUGAUGUUGCUGCCAGUCUAUCAUGUGUCUUGAAAUUAUCACGUCCGAUCUGUAGGAGAAGACUUAUCUUGGCUAACUCACAUGCGGUUAAUU